AUCUGUGGAUAACAACACUUCCCUUUUGAUAUUUUAGGUCGUCUUUUGUUCUAUAUAACCCCUCUAAAUAUCUUUUCUUCCUUGAACUUUUUUUGGCUUUUAUAUAUCUGUUUUCUUUCUACCUCUCUCUCUUCUAAUCUAUUCUUCCUUUAGCCUUUCAUGCCUUUUGUUUUUGUCCAAACCCUAGACUCAUCGAGACUCUCGAGAAAUGUAUCACAGUCAUCACUUUGGUCCAUGUCUGCAUUGCCACUCUCAAAGCUACAUUAAAAUGGUUCGACAUCUUAUUGAGAGAUGCUUGCUACUUCACAUGAGUCGUGACCAAUGCGUAAAGGUGCUAGCAGAGCAUGCAAGCAUUAGGCCACUCGUCACGCUUACAGCGUGGAGAGAGCUACAAAAAGAGAAUAGGCACUUCUUCCAAGCAUGCUUCCACUCUAUUUCUCCCAGGCCUCUGAUAGGCAGUUAUAUUCAAAGGGGGGCAAGAUUUGGAAGAAGGAAACAGUACUGGAAGUAAAUGUGUGUUUAUUCUGAAACAUACGAGGGCUGGGCCAUUUUUGAAUGGUCUAAGUUAGUCGAUACAUCUUUCUGCAGCCAGUGAAGACGUUUUUGUUCAAUCUGAAACGAAAAGCACAUUUCCUAGAGAAUCUACUCUUAAAAUAGCAAGUGACUUGAACCCUAAAUCGUAGGCCUGAAAAACGAACAGCUUUCUUGUUAUAGAAGUUUAGGUCAAGUCUUCAUUCACUCGAAGGGUGUCCUUCCCAUAUGGAAUGCCUUGGGGCCUUUGUCUCGCGGAAAACUUUGCCAUCUUCGACUGCCUGCAAAUUUUUCUCAACAGAAAGUUAUGCAUAAAUGAAUGGCAUAAAUUUAAUUAUUACAAACGCAUAAGGAGCUAGCCUCUGCUUUCAAAUAAUAAAUUUGGCAUUCAGUAGUUUGAACUACAAAGAUAGUGACAAGUUUUGG